CUUCUUCGGGAGGGUUCGAUGAACACCGGCAUUCCACUUCGAUAGCGAACGGUGAAAGUGUCCCUAUUCGUGUGGCGCUUGGAGUUCCAGUAUGGCUCCGAUGGAUGUAGAUUCUCCGCACGAGGAAGAACGUCGGACUUCCGUGCACCCGUUGGCGAUUGUGAACAUGUCGGAUCAGUAUACACGUAUUACCUGUGGUGGGUCUCCGCUCACUCCGGAUUCCCCCGUCGUUGGUUUGCUCUUCGGAACGGACCAUGACCAUCACUGGCAGAUCAAAGACGCCGACGACGUUCCGGUCGACGCUUCGGAAUCCGCCACCACUCUCAUUGGUUUGCAUCAAGCCGUCUUUCCGCAACAUCGAGUGCUGGGUUGGUACCGCGUGACGUCGGACGAUUCUGAACCACUCGAACGCGAUCUCGUCUUGACGAAGCAGCUCGCGGAACACUACCAAAGGCGGAAUUUUGUCUUUGGUCUUUUGCAAGUGCCUCGCUCGGACGCGAUUACUGCGGCAAACGCGAACGAUGAAGUCGACCAGGACGAGCUGCCCUUGACUUUGUAUCAGGUUCACGGUGGUUCGGCGCUGGUAGCCAUUCCCGCCUGGACACUCACAACCUCGGACGCCGAAAAGAUUGCCGUCGAACGCGUCGUUCGUGAAAAGACGAAACAUCCUACGGAUAGUCGAUAUGUACAGCAGACCAAACAAACGCAACAGUCUGUGGAGAAUAUUCAGCAUCGCGUCGACGUUCUCGUUCAGUUCUUGGAAGAUACCGUUAAUGGCACGCUCCCGCACAAUCCGGCUUUGUUACGGAAAGUGCAAAGUCUAGUGUGGCACCUUGGACCCGUGGCGGCAACUCGUCCUCCCCGGGGGUUGGCUCUGGAGAAGGGACUGCAGCAGCUGGCCAUUUUGGCGCAAACGGUACACGCCGUGCAGAUCUUUACCGACAAGGUCCGAGUCCUGGCCGAAGCCAACUCUGGGGUACCCGGUGGUCGUCCCAUCGGAUCCCAUUCCGCCCGUCGCUUCGCAGCGUAAGAGACAGCAUGAGGACGUUUGACAACAUUAGUCUGGCUGCUUGCCAAGGCUGACUG